AGAACUCCAUCGAAAACCUAAUAAAAACCCCAGCUAGAUUCCCUAAACAGCUUUCUACCUACCUGCAGUUUCUACAACUGCAGAAAUAGAAGUUGAUCGAUCUCGAGUGAUCCAAUGCCUUCAAACGUUGUUUUUCUUCUCCUCGUCAUCCUCUCAUGCAUGAUUUCCAUGCAUGUUUGCAAUGCCCGUCAUCUUGGCAGUUUAGGUCUUCAUUUCAAAGAUCAAAAGCUGCUAAGACGUCAUUUGGAGUUACAGACUGAAGUUAACAUCGAAGGGGAGGGUCGUGAAAGUUCGUUCAGAUUGAAGGUUACAAAACCAAAGGACUCAUCGACAGGAAAUGUGGACAUUGUGUCUCCCAGCUCUCAGAUAAAUUCUCAAGCCAUUGAAUGGAAGGCAAGUAGGAGGCAAGUGAGGGAAGUGACUGAACGGGGAUCGAGGGAUGGUUCUGCGGAUGAUAAUGCUGUGGAUGCUGUGGAUGGUGACGUGGUCGAAGAUAUAGCUGUAAUGGAUUACGCGCAGCCCCACCGUAAACCCCCCAUUCACAACGAGAAACCAUAAGACACAAUUAUAUACAUAUAUACAUAUAUAUGUAUAUAUUGGCAUGAAUAAUAAUCCAUGCAACGCAUAUAUAUGUGCACAUACAUAUAUGUUUUUUACUGUUCCAAUUUAUCGUUCAGCCAUCCCUUUUCCUUUUGGUACUUUUUUAACUUAUUUCGGAUUUGUACUUUUCUUGGAGUUGUGACAUAAAGUUUUCCCAUGUAAUAAUGUUGGAUAAUAAAUU